AUGGGUAAAAAAUAUAUUUCUAAACGAUUGCAAAAUCACAAUCUUCGAUUCCAACGUCUUAUAAGCACAAAUUCGAUAGAUAACACUGCACAAACAUCGAUUGAGCAUCUAACAACAACAAUAGAAAAAAAACUAAAGUUAUCUCGUGCUCAACUUCGUGCUAGAUCAACUUCAACAACACAAUCGACCAUUGAAGACGAAGAUGAACCAGCUUUUGUUGAUGAUGAAUCUGAAUCACAUGAUAUUCCAUACAAUAGUGUAAAUAUUAUCGUCAAUAUCGGCAUGAUACUCAACUUGGUUAAUACAUUCCGUUGUCCUUCGUGUAAUCGUGUUGGUAAAAUGUCAGAAAAAGUUACUCAACGUCGCAGUCUCCUGUACCAUAUCACGUUUUCAUGCACUUGUUCAUUUGAAACAUCUUUUACAAAUUCAACACAACUGGUUCACUCAUCUACUUCACGUAUGGAUGAACUCAACAUGAUGGCAUGUGUGGCAGCUAAUGUUGCUGGAAUCAAACGAACAGGCAUGACUACAAUUUUAGGCAUGUUGAAUAUUUUACCACCAGUUCAAAUUGAAAACUGGAACAAAUAUCAGAAAAUAUAUUCAAAUGCUUUAGAUGUUGUGAAAGAUGAAAGUUUUGGAAGAGGCGCUGAAGAAGCAGCAGAACAAUCAUCUGAAGCUGCUGAUCAUGAAGGAGUUACAAAUAUCAAAGUUUCAAUUGAUGGUACUUGGCUAACUCGUCGUGGUCAUUUUAGUUUGCAUGGAGUCUCAACUGUUUGUUCAACAGCGGAUCCACCAAAAGUAUUAGACUUCGAAUGUCUAAGUCGGCACUGCACCACUUGCUCUGGCUUAUUAGCGAUUAGAGAACACAAUCCUGAAAUGUAUCAACAACUUUUAGCAGAACAUAUCGAGAGUGGUUGUGAAGAAAAUCAUUCAGGUUCAUCAUCUGGAAUGGAAGCUGCAGAUGUUGUGAAAGUUUUUUGUCGAUCAGAAGUAAAACAUCUUCUACGAUACACAACAUACAUUGGUGAUGGUGAUGCCAACAAUGAACGUGCACUUCUCGAUGCUCAACCAUAUGGAAAAAUUCGUAUUCGACGUCUUCAAUGCAUAAAUCAUUUUUCAAAACGAAUGCGCACUGCUCUUGAAACAAUCAAGAAAAACUAUAAAGGUGCAAAAUUAGAAGACGGUUUACCAAUUGGAGGUCGAAAUAGACGUUUAACUGAUGAUAAAAUUCAUCAAUUAACUGUUUAUUAUGGUUCAGCUAUUCGAUCUCAUGUCAAUGAUUUGGAAUCAAUGAAAGUCGCUUGUUGGGCUACGUUUCAUCAUUACAGUUCGACAUGUGAAAAUCCAAAUCAUGAUUAUUGUGAUCCAAGAAAGUGUCAUAUGUACAGAUACAAAUCAUUUGAUCCUAACAAGCAUAGUUUGGCACCUGCAGUAAUGAAUGCUAUCCGUCCUGUUUAUGAAAAGAUGUGUUCAGAUGAAAUGUUAUCGAAAGUCGUCGACGGUGGAACAACCAAUUCCAAUGAAUCAUAUCAUAGUUAUAUUUGGUCAUUGUGUCCUAAAACACAAUUUCAUUCUGCCAAAUAUGUUCGUGAUGCUACUUCUUUAGCUGCUAUUCUGUACAACGAUGGUUAUCAACUAUCAAUAACAAAACGGCUUCAACAAUGUGGUGUUCUAAGUACAACUCCUGCAUGUGUUCGAAUGCUAAAAUUAACUGAUAAUCAACGAGUGAAAGAACAUAAAUUCAAAACGAAAGCAGCUCAGCAAAAGAAACGACAUCGACAAAUAUUAACUGAACAACGUCUCAAUCAACAAGAAAAAUAUAACUAUGCGUCAGGAGCGUUUGAUUAA